AUGUUGGGCGCGCGGCUCAAGUCAUGGAUGGAGGCGCAGCUGGGGCGGGCCAAGAAGCGUAAACAGAAGCAGACGCGGCAGGCCACAGCUACCGCGACCACGGGGCCUUUACCGCCCCCUCACCUGUCGUCACCGGAGAGCGCGUACAGUACUGGCUACUCUACUGAUGGGACGUCACCAGGAGCUCCCCCCGCCCCGCUCGCCGCUCCGCUCGUGGCCCCUCCGCCGCCGCCCGCGCCUCCGACCACACAUCUCUACCAUGAACCAGCCAAGCGUCGAUCUUCAAACGUGGUGGUACGGCGAUGCGUUCCCGAACCGGCACCUGUGCCCGUGGUGGUUUGCGCCACGCCCUCCCCUCGGCCCAGGUGCCGCAUCAGGACGAACCCCUGGAUGGGUGCAACGUCGCCCAGUCGUCGACGCCCGCAACAUAUAGUGCAUCAGCACUCAUUGCAGUGUCCCCCGACGCAGCCACAGUUGCAUCAUGCUCCGUAUUCGCUCGAUUCUCAUGUUAAAUAUGGAUCUAGAUCACCUCACCUUUCGCCUCACUUAUCGCCGGAGCCCCACCGCUCGCCUUACUAUCGCGGCGGCGCGUCCAGCGACGAGGAGUGCCGCGGUAUGCGCACGCGAGGCCGAGAGACCGCCAUACUGUCUGAUGCUGACUUCGAGUCUGAUGGCGACACGGGACUGGAUGGAGGCGAUGAGGAUGAUGAUGAAACUGCCUCCCCUGGUAGGAGGAGGGCUAGGAGAAGGAGGCCACCGCGACGACCGCCGCGGUCUGCAGGAGCGACUCCUCCCCGCAUGCGGCGACGUAACCACGCGCCUUCAGCCCCUCCGGUUCGCGAGAGAGAUCCUCUGUUGGAGGCUGAUAGAGAAGCCGAGAGGAAGUACAGGGAGCUUAUUAGGGAAGCUGAGAAGUUGCUCGUCACUGUGUCAAGGGCACCGCUUGAACCGCCACACAAUCCCAGGGUUAGGGAGUUGAGGGCUACUGAGGUGGAGGCGCCGCGCCGGAGCCCGGAGCGCACGCACGUGACGAACUUCAUGCGCGCCAACUCGCCCGAGCCGCCGCGCCGCCUGUCGCCGCAGCCGCGCCGCUCGCCGCUCGCCGCGCCGCCCCCUGCUCCCCGCCUGCUGCCUGACCACAGACCCCACUCCGAACCCCCCAAGCGGAAGGCUUAUGCACGAGACGAGGUCCUGCAGACCUUGGAAGGUCUUCGCAAGAGUUUACAACAACAGUCAGCACUGCUAGCUGUGCAGAGGACGAGACUGGACUCCCUAUAGCUGCCAAACUGUCCCCUUCCCGUCCCGCAUUCCUAGGUAUUUAGACAAGGAGUUUGUAGUUAGUGUGACUGGAGACCAAUCUGCCAAGUAAUACUUGUAAGUAUUGGGAAAACAAAAUACCGAAGUUUUUGGGGCAAUAAAAACUCCUCAAAAUGUUUAAUGAAAAUGAAGUCCAUAACGUGUAGGUACAGUUUUUACCACGUGGUUUUUAUAAGGCAAGAGGAGUUAAAAAGUGUGUGUGCAUCAAGUUGCUUUGAAAGUCUGGUCUCCAGUCAUACCUAUGAGUUCCUUGGUAUUAGACCUCUUUUAGAUAUCAAGUAGUUUUUGCCGAAUCACGCAAAACGAUGCCAAAGUUUUUGAUGGAUUUUGAUAUUUUCCUCAGUGCUAACGCUAAGCUCUUUGGAUCCGGAAUAGAUAUUGAAUGACAAUAAUAGGAAUUUCAAGUAUGUAGAAAUACUUUCUUCUUACUCAUACAAACAUUUUGUGGAAGUCACCACUGCAACAAUUUUUGGGUAAAUUGCAAAAGUUGAAGAUUUUUUUAGAAAAUCUGCUUCUUUUUAGAAAUGUAUUCUUAAUCCUGUUAAUUUUAUGUUCUGGCUUUUAUUUAUUCCACGGGUCG